AUGCUGGCUUCUCGAGUUUCCAUCAAGGCUCCCCGCCUUGCACGAUCUCUCGCGACUACCACUAAUGCCUCCCUCAACUUGGACUCCAAGGUCCGAAUGAACAACUGGGAGGCCAACAACUUCCUCAACUUCAAGAAGCACACCGAGAACGUCCAGAUUGUCAAGGAGCGACUCAACCGACCCCUGACCUACGCUGAGAAGAUUCUCUACGGCCAUCUCGACAAGCCCCAUGAGCAGGAGAUUGUCCGAGGUCAGUCCUACCUCAAGCUGCGACCCGAUCGAGCCGCCUGCCAGGAUGCCACCGCCCAGAUGGCCAUUCUGCAGUUCAUGUCUGCCGGUAUCCCCACCGUCCAGACCCCCACCACCGUCCACUGUGACCAUCUUAUCCAGGCCCAGGUUGGUGGUGAGCAGGAUCUUGCUCGAGCCAUCGACAUCAACAAGGAGGUCUACAACUUCCUUGGCACCGCCUCCGCCAAGUACGACAUUGGUUUCUGGAAGGCCGGAUCCGGUAUUAUCCACCAGAUCAUUCUCGAGAACUACGCCUUCCCCGGUGCCCUUCUCAUUGGUUCCGACUCUCAUACCCCCAACGCCGGUGGUCUCGGUAUGCUCGCCAUCGGUGUCGGUGGUGCCGAUGUCGUCGACGUCAUGGCCGGUCUCCCCUGGGAGCUUAAGGCCCCCAAGAUUAUCGGUGUCAAGCUGACCGGUAAGCUCUCUGGCUGGACCUCCCCCAAGGAUAUUAUCCUGAAGGUCGCUGGUAUCCUCACCGUCAAGGGUGGAACCGGUGCUAUCGUCGAGUACUUCGGUGAUGGUGUCGAUAACCUGUCCUGCACUGGUAUGGGAACCAUCUGUAACAUGGGUGCCGAGAUUGGUGCUACCACCUCCACCUUCCCCUUCAACGAGCGAAUGGCCGACUACCUUAACGCCACUGGCCGAAAGGAGAUUGCCGACUUUGCUCGACUUUACAACCACUUCCUCUCUGCCGAUGAGGGUUGUGAGUACGAUCAGCUCAUCGAGAUUGACCUGAACACCCUUGAGCCUUACGUCAACGGUCCCUUCACUCCCGAUCUUGCCACCCCCAUCUCCAAGCUCAAGGAUGUCGCCGUCGAGAACGGAUGGCCCCUUGAGGUCAAGGUCGGUCUUAUCGGCUCUUGCACCAACUCCUCUUACGAGGAUAUGGAGCGAUCCGCCUCCAUUGCCAAGGACGCCAUGGCCCACGGUCUUAAGUCCAAGUCCAUCUACACCGUCACCCCCGGUUCCGAGCAGAUCCGAGCCACCAUUGAGCGAGAUGGUCAGCUCCAGACCUUCCUCGACUUCGGUGGUAUCGUCCUUGCUAACGCUUGUGGCCCCUGCAUUGGUCAGUGGGACCGACGAGACAUCAAGAAGGGUGAGAAGAACACCAUUGUCUCUUCUUACAACCGAAACUUCACUGGCCGAAACGAUUCUAACCCUGCCACCCACGCUUUCGUCACCUCUCCCGAUCUCGUCACCGCUUUCGCCAUUGCUGGUGACCUCCGAUUCAACCCUCUCACUGACUCCCUGAAGGAUUCUGAGGGUAAGGAGUUCAAGCUCAAGGAGCCCACUGGAAAGGGUCUGCCCGACCGAGGUUACGACCCCGGCAUGGACACCUACCAGGCUCCCCCCGCCGACCGAUCUGCCGUCGAGGUUGAUGUUUCCCCCACUUCCGACCGACUCCAGAUCCUCAAGCCCUUCAAGCCUUGGGACGGCAAGGACGGUAUUGACAUGCCCAUCCUCAUCAAGUCUCUUGGUAAGACCACCACUGACCAUAUCUCUCAGGCCGGUCCCUGGCUUAAGUACCGAGGCCAUCUCCAGAACAUCUCCAACAACUACAUGAUUGGAGCCAUCAACGCUGAGAACGAGGAGGCCAACAACGUCCGAAACCAGAUCACUGGCGAGUGGGGAGGAGUUCCCGAGACUGCCAUUGCUUACCGAGACAACGGUAUCCGAUGGGUUGUUGUCGGAGGUGAUAACUUCGGUGAGGGUUCUUCUCGAGAGCACGCUGCUCUUGAGCCCCGAUUCCUCGGUGGUUUCGCCAUCAUCACCAAGUCUUUUGCCCGAAUUCACGAGACUAACCUGAAGAAGCAGGGUCUCCUGCCCCUUAACUUCGUCAACGGUGCUGACUACGACAAGAUCCAGCCCUCCGAUAAGAUCUCCAUUCUUGGUCUUAAGGACCUUGCCCCCGGCAAGAACGUCACCAUUGAGGUUACCCCCAAGGACGGUGCCAAGUGGACCACCGAGGUUUCUCACACCUACAACUCUGAGCAGCUCGAGUGGUUCAAGUACGGCUCUGCCCUCAACAAGAUGGCUGCCUCCAAGAAAUAA